CGAGUCGAUAAACCGCGGGGCUGAACGCAAGCAACUUUGCGCACGACUUCAACAUGGCGGACGACGAAGAUCAAUCGAUAUGCGGCUCAGGGAGUCGGUCUCGGUGUCGUUGCAUCCCGGUGGACUGAACAACAACCAGCUCCGCAGGCACAGCCCGAGCCGGAGCGUCGGGGCCGGCGAGAUCGGCGAUCGUAACGAGAACGCAGCUCAGGAGCCGGCCGCCACUCCUGAACCGGAUUAUCCGAACGACGAGUCGGCGGAUUUCCGGCUGGCCGAGGACACCACCACGUGGUCCUCUCUAGCGAUCGCACGCGACAACGUGCAGCAGAGCAACCCGUCAACGCAGCAACCCGUCAACGUCAACAAUAAUCUUACCGAGCCGAGGAUACGGAGGAACAGCUCCGUCGAAAGCCUCGCCGAUUACGAAGGCACGAUCGAAGAGCAAUCCGCCAACGUAAACAACAAUCUAACCGGGCUGAGGAUACAAAGUAGCAGCUCCAUCGAAAGCCUCACCGGUUACGAAGGGCGUAACUCUCCGCACGAGAACUCGUCGCACGAAUUGACGCCAUCCGAGUGGUCUGAUUGGUCUGAAGAAGGGAAUCUGCCGGCAGGCUGCCGCGGCAUCGUCAAUCCCAACUAUCCCGGCUUCCAGCAUUUGGCACCUUCCCUGCUAUCGGACACAGAUCUGACUGAGGACGAACACGAUAGUUGUUCCGAUUACCCGCCUCUUCAUCACCAUGAUGAGGUAGCUCCGUUGCCAGAGAACGACAACGAAUACAAUAACAAUAUCAACGACAGUAUCAAUCAUCUCUGCGGUCAGCGCAACGAUCGCAAGAUCUUUUAUGAGAAGCCCAAAUUUAAUAUACAGACUGUGACCUCUCUGUAUGAGGCGGUGGUGCCGCCUUCGGAAAAGUGCAUCAACUACGUCAAGAGCGUGGAGGUCUCUAAAUCCGAGGAGAAGGCGUUUUCGCCGGAGCCGGAGGAGGUCAUAAACGGCAUCGUCGAGGCAGAAACUCACCUGACGCUCUUAGACGAACGGGAGGAGAGUCUGGCCGACCAGAUUACAGUGGUGGAUGAGUGCGCUCCCGAAUUGUCGCAAGUGACUUUUGAGGAUAAACGUGAGAGGGAAGUACCCGUCGAAGUUGAGCUGGUGGAGUUGACUACCAGCGUGAAUGAAAGCCUGCAGUUUCCGGAGAUCGAGGAGAUCCUGGAUUCUGGAAAGACUAGCGAGAUCGGCGAGGUGAGCUCGAAGACGGAGGACGUCGUGGUGGAGCACAUCGACCUAAUACGCGAGGCAAAGGAGUUGCCUCAUUCAGAUCGCUCCAAAAUAGGCAACCGCCAGCCGGUGACGACGUCAACGUCGACGGGCGAUUUGGUCGACGACGACGAGUCGGAGAGCAACAGUGACUACUCCGAAGGCUUCGCUGAGGAGCGACCGACCUAUACGAAACUGGAGGAAAUCGAUUUGCUGUCGAGUAUCGGCCGGGACAUCGGCGUUGAUCUUGAGAAAUACGCUCAGCCGGUACCGGACGUGGUCGCGAUGGAAUCGAUCGAAAGUAUGAGACAACCGCGGUCCACCUCGAUCAUUAAGGAUCACAUGGAUACUAACAAGCUGUUGGAUCGCCAACUUCCAGAGGCGUCCAGCGCCGAUGCUCGGAAGAAGGAAAAGAUGGUUAAGAAUCAAGCCAAGCGCCGUCAGCAGCAACAGCAGCAACAGCAGCAGCAACAAUCGCGAAACUCUAACUCUCAGAGGCGUCUCGAUAAGCGUCGGGUUGACAUCGAUAAUGGAUCUGGUGGCUUCGACGUUUAUAACAUCGAGACAGCGAUGCCAAAAAUCGACUUAGAUGCGAUCGAAUCGCAUCUUAGAGCUGCACGUGAGGAGGAACGUCGACGACGAAAUGAUCGUGAAGAAAUUAGAAGAAGACUCGCGAUGGGACCUGAUGCCGAAGAUUUGCGCGCCGAACGUGGACGAAAACCGAGUCUCCAAUCGCGCCUUCAGAGUGGAAUGAACCUUCAGAUCUGCUUUAUGAAUGAGACAUCAUCGGACACAGAGUCCCCGGGUUCAGAGAAUGACACAUCUCCCGGAUCUACGCCUACAUCCCUUGGCUCAAAACAAUUUGGCGGAAAGCAGAAAGGACCAACAAGGCCACAGAUGUUGAGUCUGCCAUCUCUAAGACUUGAUAUGGGUGCAAACUCCACACCACCGAUCGAUGAGGCAGACUUCUUUGCGCGGCAAGCUAGAUUGCAAACUGAAGCGCGAAUGGCCCUAGCACAAGCCAAGGAAAUGGCACACAUGCAAAUGGAAGUGGAGAGACAGAGGUUGAAACAGAGUCCUAUCACCGAGAUGGUGCGAUGUAGUUUAGAAAAAGUCGGUGUACAGCUGGGGGAGGACAGACGCAGGUUGUCCCGUGUACUUCUCACAGAGUUAAAUGUCGCGCAGCUGCAGGUAGUAGCGAAUGAUUUGCACGCGAGGAUUGCCGCAUUAAACGAAGCGCUCGUCGAAGGUCUUUUGAGGAGAGACGAUUUGCAUAUGGAGCAAGAUUCAAUGCUCGUUGAUGUGGAAGAUCUCACUCGAUACUUAGGUGCCAAACAGGAAUCGUUGAAGAAGAAACAUCAAAAUAUACAGCAGGCGGCAAGCCGAAAUCAUCAGCAAUCCUCUCCAGCUCCGACGAAGCUGUCGAUGAAACCAAAAUUGACGCAUUUGAAUCGCGGUCUGGUUGCUCUUGUAAGAAAAUAAUCCUUCGCUACGAGACUACGCAGUCUCGUCAGAAAUUAAACUCCGAGCGUAGAGGGGCACCACGAGCUUUAGAGACGUGAAAAAGCGAAGAAAGAAAAAAAAUGGAUAAAUUUUUCUUUUGAGAAAAGAAAAAGAAAAAGAAUUUGUUUCGAAAAAAAAGGUAAAAAAGAGGAGAUGAAGAAACUUUCUUCGAUAACUGAGAACGGAAUUUUCAUUAGAGAAAAAAAAUGAAGAAAGCUUCUUCGGAAGAAAGAGGAUGAAAAAUCUCUUUUUCAAGAUGAUAUACGAAAACUUUGCUUGGAAGAAAAAAAAAGAUUGCGUUAGAAGCCGUGGUGUGCGUGCUCGAAAACUCUGAAAAACGUAACAAACAGCUUUGAUAAGGUGGAAUUUAAGGUCGUUUCCAUUCUGAUAAAGGGAGAGCAGCAAGUAUCUUUCCUUGAAUUUGUAAUUUUUACAGCUUGAUUAAUUGUUGUUAAGCACGUGGAAAUAGAAAUUUACGUAUGUACGUAUUGCAUAAGCGAACAAAGCAACGAUUCUUCGUUUGUAUCCCACUGUUUGAAAUUCUCCAUCUCUCUCUUUCUCCUCGUCUGUAUUCGCUCGGCCCCUAAACUCAUGUCAGAUUAUGUCCCACGACAUGCAUGCAUGUGUUUACGAGUGUAUCGAUUAUUCCGCCUUUAAAUAAUAGCGUAUCAUUAGCGAGAACGGAUCCCUUCUCUGUUGUAUUGUACAUAUAACGAAGAUUUAUAUCAGAUUAUUGCCGUAUCGAGAUUUCACGUGGUGCUUAAAAAGCGCUUCGUUCCGGUCGUCCAAUAUAAGUCGUUCACGUGUGCGUUGAUGUGAUGUUAAAUAUUUCGUAAAAUCGUGUUAAUUUAAUUGCGUGUAGAGUAUUUUGAACAACAAAUUUCUGUAUCUUAUAAAUUCAUCCGUAAAUUUAUAAAUUUAAUAAUUCCAUAAUGUGUAUAUCCUUGCUUCGGUAGAUCUCUAGAUCCGCCAAUAGAAGCCGUCAGUUGCUUAAAUAAAUCCCUCACGUAUAAAAUUCAUCGUCCCAUCCGGCUUGACUGCACGAGAUAUCGGUAAAACGAUAAAUAAAGUUUUUAUCUAUCACGAACGACAAAGAAAGUCAAUAUACUUUCUUAAAUAACAUAAUACGCGCGCACGGGAAAGUAGAAAAAAGGUAUUCGCUAAUGUGGAGGUGAAGAGAAUGCAACGACGUGGAGAACGAAAACCGCGUUACAUAUCCAAAUAGGUGAUCUAAUAUGCAAAAAGCGAUUAGUCCAUAUAGAGAGCAACUACGAAAGCGUAAUUGGAUAGAGACAUUUGAUCGAGUACACUGUUCACAAAAUUUAUGCAUGACGAUUAAAUACGAAGAACCUGGAAUACGAAAUCAAAAUUAUUCAUUAAUAUGGAUUAUUCGAUUCUUGCAUCGUAUUAUUUUUGCAUGCUGGUCUCACAUGAUCUCAUUCACACGCAGGAUUUCAAAUGUAGAUGAAAUAAAUUAUAACGAAUUUAAGCUGCA